AUGAUGUUGUCUGAGAGACAACAGGGGGGCCUUCCGAGCAAUACAGAGCCCAAUCCAAAUGCUACUGCAAAGGCCAUCAUGUUGAGAAGUGGCAAGACCGCUCAAGCCAUCCCUCCGGCUGUUCUAGAAAAGCCAGUCGAUGACGAUGAGGUUGAUGAGGAGAUUGAGGUUGAGUCUCCGGGUGAGGUGCAACAGAGGCAAGUCCCAGCAAGUACCGCACGACCCAAGGAGCCAGUGAGAGAGUACGUCCCUCCCAUUCCAUAUCCGGGGAGGUUGAAGAAGCAGAAAAUGGAAGAACACUAUGGUAAAUUCCUCGAGCUUUUUAAGCAACUUCAUAUAAAUUUACCAUUUGUCGAGGCACUUGCUCAAAUGCCUAAGUAUGCUAAGUUUCUGAAGGAUAUCCUAUCCAACAAAAAGAAACUUGAGGAGCUUUCGCAGGUGACCUUAAAUGAAGAGUGUUUAGCAGUUCAUCAGAACAAACUACCGAAGAAGAUGAAUGAUCGUGGGAAUUUCACUAUCCCGUGUUUGAUUGGUAGUUUGUCGAUCUGCAAUGCAUUAGCUGAUCUUGGAGCUAGCAUAAACCUCAUACCAUAUGCGGUUUUUGCUAAGCUAGACUUGGGCGAGCCCAAGCCGACUCGUAUGAGCAUUCAGAUAGCCGACCGUUCAGUGAAGUACCCUCGAGGCAUAGUUGAGAAUAUGCUGGUGAAAAUCGAUAAGUUUGUCUUUCCUAUCGAUUUCGUGAUUCUAGACAUGGAUGAGGAUAAAAACGUUCCACUUAUCUUAGGUCGCCCAUUCCUAGCCACUGCGAGAGCCUUGAUUGAUGUCUGCACUGGUAGACUUACUCUUAGGGUUGAUGAUGAGGAGGUUACCUUUGAUAUAGGGAAAUCCAUGCAACACUCACAGAGUCAGGAUGAUACACUCUACUUCAUUGAGACUAUCGAUACUUAUGUGAGUGAUCAUCUUCAUGCUACAUUCGAGGAGGAUGUUAUGGACACACAGCUGCUAGGAGGGGAGAUUUUUGGUUCGCCUAGUGUGGACCGAAUGAUUAAGGAGGUGACCUGUCUGAUAGGUCACGCAUCUCCCCCGUGUCCAAGGUAUUUGAGGUUAUGA